GGCGUGCUCGAGCCCGCGCGCCUCGCAAAUACGCCGGCGCUCGAUCGCUCCGAGCGUCAAGGAGCAACAAUAAGGCAGCCUUUGACUCUUCCGGCGACCAACGCCGCCGCGAAGCCCGGCAAAAGGCUGCCCACACCACAGAGCAGCAGAGACUGAGAUGGCCACCUUCGCCCCAUUAAAAAUCGACGCCGUCAUCUUCGACGUCGACGCCUUACUCCAGGACGACGGCGAGCCGCGGCCGGGCGCCGUCGACCUGGUCCAGGGCCUCGUGGACCGGAAAAUCCCGCUGGCCGCGGUGACGAGCGGCACGCAGGCGACCUUCGACGCGAGGCUGGGGCGCCACCCCGACCUGCGCUACUCCAUGUCCGCCGUCGUGACGGCCGACGACGAGGCCGAGAACCUCUACGUCAAGGCGGCGCAGCGCCUCGGCGUCGACGCGCCGGCGUGCCUCGCCUGCGACGCCACGCAACCGGGCCUCGAGGCGGCGCAGAGCGCGGGCUGCCUGCUUUGUGCUUUAGCCAGCGGGCUGGAGGGGCUCCGGCCGAACCUCUCGCUGCCCGGGGGCCUCGCGACGCUCGACCACGAGCGCGUCCUCGAGUUCGAGCGCAAGCCGCCGCUCGCGUUCAUGGUGGAGACCUGCACGCGUUGGAAGGAGUGCAACCCGAAAGCACUCGGCGACUACGACCUCAUGACCCUCGGCGGACGCCUGCGGCGGCCGAACGUCGGGCCCGAGCCCGGGCCCGCGGGCGGGGGCCGGGAGGAACUGCUCGCGAAGCUCCGGGGGAAUGGCGAGAAGGUCCGGGGGGAUGUAGCGAAGCUGGCGGCUGAGGAGGCCGCGACGACGACGCUGCCGAAGCUAUAA